AUGUCCCUGAACGACGCUCAUCAGUACUGUCACAAGCUUUCCGAAGGCUCCCACUUGUUGCGGAUAGAAUGCGGCGGCGAGAAUGACUUCGUCACCGGUUUUUUUUUCAACUCAACAAUAAGUCUAAUAUUCGAAGUUAAGGUCUACUGCGACCACCGAGCAAAGUUUGGAUUGACGCCCGUGCUCGGUUCGAUAUUCUAGACGGUUCGGCCGGUCUUUUCGGUCCUGGAUUCGUUUUCCGGUGGCCUAAUGGUGAGUGAUUUGGUCGUGAAAAAUCGAGAAGAAAUUGUGCAAAAAGAGCUGCGGAAGUUAGAGCUGCUAAAUCUCUGAAAGUGCGCUCCACCGCUAAUCAAUAUGGCUGACGGAUUUUUUGAUCUUUUAAAGUUAUACUUCUUUAUGAAAAAUCGUGAAAAUGACAUUAUCAAUGGAGCGCGCUUUCUUCCUUUCAUCGCGGCUAUUUUUUCCUGACACAGUCGAAUAUGUUCCAUGUUCCUUUUUUUUCUAAAUUCCGUCUGAUAUGUCUGCACUCUCACUUUCCCUUCCCCUUGCUUCAAGGUUGCUUCAAAAAAGUGCCCCGAAACUUCAAAACCAUUAUGAUUCGACUAAAACCAAUCCAUCUCAGGAAAAAUCGUCCGAUUCACGAAAUGGGCCGAUGGGAAUGGCGUAAACGUCAUAGACAAGCUGAACAAAUGCGUUCUGAUGGAGGAGACGGGUGCUUGGACCAACGCCGACUGCGACUCGACGGCGUCGGUCAUCUGCGAGAAGCGACUCCAUCGACCUUAUGAGAAGUUCUGUCCGAAGCAUUGGGUCUACAACAAGGAGACCGCAGCCUGCUAUCGGACCAUUUCCAAGACCAACAUGACGAUUUUGGAGGCCGAUGAUCGGUGCUUCAGUUUCGGUAUGUUCGGGGUCCCAUGGGUGUGUUUCUUGAAGCCCAGUUUACAUUGUGGUCACUAUGAAUCUAAAUCAUUCAAAUCCUCGUUGAACCUUCUGAAGUGGUCACUAGAGUGCAUAGAAGACUACUGAAGUUAUGAGGAUGCUUUCUAAAAAUCACAAAGCUCCAGUUAGACACCUAAAGUGGUCACUAUAGGUUCUAGCAGCCCAGGAACUUCAUUAUGACUUCUUCAAUGAUCAAUACCAAGUCCAAUAAGCUUCUUUUAAUGCUCUAAAGGGGCCACUUAAAAUUUUAAACGUCUAGGAGCUCCAAUUAGACCACUCUAUAACUACUAGUAUCUUCCACGGUGCUAAAUUUGACCCCUCAAGUGACCACUAGGAAUCUCAUUUGGACCUCUCAAGAGCAUACUAAAUACAAUGAUCUGAACUCCUUCCAGGCCUUGAACAUCGACAGGACGCCAUGCUUACAAGUGUCAGCGACGAAAUGGAGAACAAAUUCGUCCUGGGUAAGACUUCUAGGAGGAGGUUCAUCUCUGUGAAACUUCCAGAACUAGCCAAGGAGAAGAACAGCAACUUUGAAUUCGUCUUUUUGGGCGGAUACGGGCGGUCUAACAACGGGAACAAGUGGCACUGGAUGGAUGGUCAGUUUGAAAAUCGAAAUUGUAUCCAAUUAGCUAUGGAGCGCACAAAAAUCAUCGUCAGGAGCUAUUUCUUCAGGCUCCUCAUUCAAGUACCAAAACUGGGACCGGGGAAUGCCGUUUGGCCGGAGAGCCCUGGCCGUUCUGGUGAUGAACAAGCGAGGGAAAUGGGUCAAUCACUACGCCGACAGAAUUCUCUCGCAGUUCAAUGCCGUCGCCGUUUGCAAGUUCAAGUCAUAG